UUCAAACGACACCUUUCACCAUGGCGACCACGGGCAUGCAGUUGCUGGGCCUAAUCCUGUCUCUUGUUGGGUGGGUUGGUGGGUUGGUAGUCUGUGCCAUCCCCCUGUGGCGAGUCACUGCCUUCAUCGGUAACAACAUAGUGACGGCUCAGAUCAUUUGGGAAGGCCUUUGGAUGAAUUGCAUUGUGCAGAGCACAGGUCAGAUCCAGUGUAAGGUGUACGACAGCUUGCUGGCCCUGCCCAGUGACAUGCAGGCUGCCCGAGGCCUCACUGUGUUCUCCAUCCUGAUCUGUGGCCUGGCUCUGGCUCUGGGGGUCCUAGGAGUCAAGUGCACUAAGUGCAUUGGUGUAAACAGUGUCAAGGCCCGUAUCGCUCGCAUCUCUGGUGCCCUUUUUGCCAUUGCAGGGUUACUCUACCUUGUGCCUGUCUGUUGGACUGCCCACUCCAUUAUCAGGGAUUUCUAUGAUCCACAUGUGGCAGCUCCACACAAGCGUGAGCUUGGCCCUGCCCUGUACAUCGGCUGGGGGGCGUCAGCUUUGCUCCUCAUCGGGGGAUCUCUGCUCUAUGCUGGGUCAAGUCCCCCUGGCAUCCCAGGCUCUCCCACCUUCAGCAGUGGAGAAAGCAGUCCUCGCAGGGCACCUGCCACACAAGUCAAAGGUUAUGUUUAAGUUUCCAAAAUGUCCGAAUGCCUUCAAGUCCCACAAAUACGCCCCAAACCUGAUUCCUCUCCUUCUGAUUUAGCUCCUUGUAAUUAUUUUAUAUUUAAUGUUAUUCCAGUAAGCUUUUUUUCUCUGAAAAGCUGCAGGAGGCUACUAGGGGAAAACUGAACUCAUUUUAUUAUUUCAUACCUGAUAUCCUUCAAUAACCUUGUUCUCUGUCUGUCAGUGUAAAAUACAAUAAAAUUUUGGUUCUCCAAAUCCUCUACUGAGA